CGCAACAUUUGAUUCCUUCUCUUCCAGAAAGAUAAGGGGAGGGAUCUUCUGAGUCUGACUGACAGUUACAUAAUGAGCUGGCGAAGCCAGGAGGCAACUAUAUAAACAGCUCGAAGGGAAGCAAGUUUUCCAUUUACUGAGCGAGCGCUGCUAAGCCCGGGGAAAGGAGGAGCAGCGCAGCCACCCCCAUUCUCCGCUCCCCUCCCGGCGCGCGCCUGGUCCUCUCCUCUCCUCUGUGGAGUUUCUCAAGGCGGCCCGACGGGGCAAGAGGUUUCCUUGCCAACGACAGGAUUUAACCUUCCGACGUGGCUGGUUUAAAGUCAACCCCGUGGAUUACUACCUUCCUCUUCAGUUUGGGGAGUAUUCGGAGGGGAGACGGGGCUGACUGUGCGAGGUACCUCCUGUUGGUACCUGCUGUGGAGCUCCAGGCAGGAGCGCGCCCUCGGACCACCUGAGGAAUACAAGAGAGACUCAAGUCGAGCCGAGCCCCGGAGGAGUUGGGAGCCUUGAGCAAAUCUAGCACGAGGAUGGCCGCCUUGCAUCUUUUUGGCUUGACGUUUGCUUUAGCGGUUACGCUGCAGACGGUCUCCGGCUCCGGCGUCUUCCAGCUGGAGCUGCGGGAGUUUGUCAACGGCCAGGGCGCCCUGGCGAGCGGAGAGCCCUGCGGGGCGGGCUGCAGGACCUUCUUUCGCGUUUGCCUGAAGCAUUUUCAGGCGGUCAUCUCCCCGGGCGCCUGCACCUUCGGAAGCAUCAUGACCCCAGUCUUGGGGAUCAACUCUUUCGCCAUCAAAGAGACGGAGGGAUUUGGCAGCCCCAUAAAGUUACCUUUUAACUUCACGUGGCCGGGAACUUUCUCAUUGAUCAUAGAAGCCUGGCACGCUCCCGAAGGUUAUCAUCCAGCAGGUUCCCAGCCCCCAGCCCAGAAGUGGCUUAUCAGCCAGAUGGCGAUCCGGCGCUCGUUGGCCGUGGGCGAGGAUUGGUUCCAGGACGAGCAAAGCAACGAGCAAGCCAAGCUGAGCUACUCCUACCGAGUGGUGUGCAAUGAGCACUACUACGGGGACAACUGCUCCCGCCUCUGCAGGGGCCGCGACGACCACUUCGGCCACUACGUCUGCGAAUCUGACGGCAGCAUCGCUUGUAUGACAGGCUGGACUGGGAAUUACUGCACGGAAGCUAUCUGUCUAGAUGGGUGCUCAGAGAAAAGUGGAUUUUGCAGAAAUCCAGGAGAGUGCAUCUGUCGUAGCGGUUGGCGAGGCCGUUACUGUAAUGAAUGUAUCCCUCAUAUGGGUUGUCGCCAUGGGACCUGUACAAAACCAGGAAAGUGCAUAUGUGAUGAAGGCUGGGGAGGCCUUUUCUGUGAUCAAGAUCUGAACUACUGCACCCAUCACAGACCCUGCAAAAAUGGAGCCACAUGCAUGAACACUGGCCAGGGAAGCUACACAUGUUCCUGCAAAGAGGGUUUUACUGGCAUUGACUGUGAACGGAAUAUCAGUGAAUGUGACAAUAACCCCUGCAAGAAUGGAGGAAGUUGCAUGGAUUUAGGAGAAGACUACAAAUGCACAUGUCCCCCAGGAUAUGAUGGUGCUAACUGUGAGCACAGUAUUUUGACUUGUAUUGACUCACCGUGUUUUAAUGGUGGUACAUGCCUGGAAAGUGAAAAAGGAGCCAGCUAUGCUUGUAUUUGCCCUAUGGGCUUUACAGGAUCCAAUUGUGAAAAAAAAGAAGACAAGUGUACCAACAACCCAUGUGCUAAUGGUGGGCAAUGCUUUGUUUUGGGCCAGCAACAUGUGUGUCGUUGCCGUCCUGGCUUCUCCGGUCAGAAAUGUGAGAUAAACACCAGCAAGUGUUCCAGAAACCCAUGUUCCAAUGGAGGAUCUUGUCAUGACCUUGUGACUACACAUGAUUAUACAUGUACUUGCUUGCCAGGCUACACUGGCAAAAACUGUGAUGUUAGAACUAGAGAUGGGUGUGCCUCUGGGCCCUGCCAGAAUGGGGGAACAUGCUACGUUGGGCUUUAUACUACUAGUUUUGCCUGCCACUGUCCUCCUGGCUUCAUGGGUAGCCAUUGUGAAUUUCCAGUGUACUCUGUUCCAGUGACUGUUCCAGAGCUUCCUAAACCGGUUCCGUGGGUGGCCAUAUCCAUGGGAGUUGGGCUCGUUGCUCUUCUCAUAUUGUGUUGCAUGAUAGCUAUAGUUAUCCGGCAAAUGCAGAGACAGCCAGAACAGAAUUCAGAAACAAUGAACAACCUGUCUGACUUCCAGAAGGAAAAUCUCAUCCCAGCAUCUCAACUUAAAAACACCAAUAAAAACAAAGACCUUGAAGUAGACUAUGUGCUGGAGAAAUCAAACUACAAACUUAAGAAUCACACACUGGAUUAUAACCUGGUGAAGGAGCUGACAAGCAGAGGUGCUCAGGAAGAUAAAUAUCAUAAAAGUGAAAAAUGUAUAGGAGAGAAAUCGCCCUUCUGGUUACGCAAUGAAAAGCCAGAAUGUAGAAUAUCAGCAAUAUGCUCUCCAAGGGAUUCCAUGUACCAGUCUGUCUUUGUGAUAACAGAGGAGCGAAAUGAGUGCGUUAUAGCCACAGAGGUAUAAGAAUGGAGGUUGCUCUGUUUGCACCUCGUUGUUCGAGAUGCCACAAGGUGGACAUUCCUGCUACAUUGUUUACAAUUCACAAUUGGAUUGGACUUGGAUUUUUUAAUUAUAUGCAAUUUGCUGCUCUCAGGAGGAGGAGUGGAUGGAAGUGGGUGAACUGGACAGACUGUGAAUUUUAAGAUGCAAUAGACUUUUUGUCUCCUGUUCUCUUGUUUUGAAGUCUGAUGUGAGGAAUGUAAUUGACUACAGGGAGGGGAGAGACAGAAAUGAUGUCUUUUAUCAGCCUUUGAAAUUACAUUGCUGCCAGUUACUCACAGACAGUUGUGUGACUUUUCAGAAAUUCAGUCUUGGAAGGUGCCAGUUGAUCCAAAAGGCACUUGGCCAUCACAGAAUAUACCAACAAUACUGUGAGAAGAAUGAAUGAAGAAACAUAUUUUUCUAUGCAGAUAAUGGAUGUAGAAUAAAUGAGCUCACAAUUUUUUCUGGAUUUGAAAGUGCCUAAAGCGUGUCUGAGAAUCUAGAGAGCCCAAAUCAAAACAUAUCUGCUUUUUUCCCUGCAGUACCCAAACAGUAUUGGCAAGGAGCUGCUAUCGGUACCUCCUGUUGCCCUUUUUUCCCUUCCAUGUAUUCCAGACAGUGUAAGGGGAGAUGGAUACUGAAUUGGCAUUUCAUCUCCUGUGGUGAUGCUUUGGUGAAAUGAGCAGUAAAUUGGGAUUUGUUCCUAUUUCUGAAUCACAGAGACAUCCAUGGACUUAAACAGAAGGGGAUAAUCCUGCCGCCUCCUCAGUAUGAGGAAGCUUAAUCCCAGUGCUCACAGAAAGCCUUACAAGUGCGUUUAAAAUCAAUCAGCUGUUUUCAUGUCCUUUGCACUACUAGUCAUUGUGAAUAGAAGUGUGUUUCUUCUUCAUAUGCAUUAGGUAAGAUUUGUGAUUUCCUGUUGGAUAUCUAAAAAUGGUGCCACCACUUCAACUGCAAAUUAUCUCCAAGUCCACUGUUAUUUUUUUACAGCCAGGAAAGUGUUUAUGAGCUCUGCCUUUAUUCCUUGCUGCAGUACAACCACUGCUAUCUACCCGUCUACCACUCUAAGAAAGACUAAGCUACACUGGUGACUUCUUGAGGUAUAUACUGUGGGUUACAUCUUAAAUUUCUUGGUUUGUCCUGCUUCUUCAUUCCUUCAUACUGCUACAAGGAAAGGAGUAACCUUACUUUUUGAGUCCAAAGGAGCAGUUCUGAACUGGAAAACUCAGUGCACACAGACUCUUAUACAUUUCAGCAAUAAUAAUAGACAUUUAAGAUAGGAAGUGCUGUGAUGUUUGUAAUGAUAAACAAGUACUGUGGGAAAGGGAAUAUGGCGGAAGCAGAGAGAGGAAACAAAUUUUCAUUCAAGGAAGCUGGGAUUGUAUUUUCUGUGAUGGAAGAGCAAUGUUCUUGACCUUGUAAAUCCCAGCACUGGAUUAGUCCACCUACAACCUUCAAAUGUGUAAGCAAGAUUUUGCUUGGAAUGAUCAUUACUGAUCUUUUGGAGUGACCAUUCAAGACCAUUAUGAAAAUGACCUUAAGAAAUCAAUAAUAUGGUUUAUAUUAGUGUCUGUUUGUAGUUAUUUGAAACAUAGUAUUUCAAUAAUUUAAAAAGAAAAUCAGAAGCACUGAACUUUCUACAUUUUGUAACAUUAUUUUGUAUAUAAUGUAUAUUUAUAAUCAAAACAGAAGUGUAAAUGUUUAUUACUUAUGUUAUGUUUUUAUGUGAUGACAAAGUUUGAAUUUUAUUUUU